UGUUGUUGUUUGUAUGGUUGUAAGUUGCAUAUUUGUUUUGUUGCCGAUUUAUUUUUUGUAUUUUGUACACAUAAAGAUGGAAGAAAACAUUGCUCUAUUUUUCAUUGACGACAAUGAUUUAGAUAUGAAUUUAGUGGGGUAUAUGGCUGCAAAUCUAGCAGAACCUUUACAAAAUGAUUUGCAAAUACGCGAAAGACACCCCAGGAACAGGAAUGAAAAUUACUAUGAAAUGGUAAUUCCUGGAUAUACAGAUUUUCAAUUUUAUGAACAUUUUAGAAUGACUAGGGAAAUGGCAGAGGAGUUGGUACAUAUUGUUGGUAAUAAUCAUCCAUUGGAAGAUCGAAAUAAGUUGGCCCCAUUAAGAAAAAAAAUUCUGUUUUCGAUUUGGAUUUUAAGCAAACCAGAAAGUUUCCUUGCCACAGGUGAUCGAUUUGGGUUACCUACAAGUACAGGACAUCUAAUUUUUAAAGAAAUUAUUAAUAUAAUUUGCAGUUUGAUGCCUCAAUAUAUUCGGUGGCCUGAUUUGAACGAUUAUGCAGUUUCAUCUCAGGUGUUUCAAGAGCGUACACAUGGUUUUCCAGGUAUUAUUGGGGCGAUAGAUGGUUGCCACAUACCAAUAAAACAACCUAUUGGAAAUAACAUUGAUUUCUACAACAGGAAAGGUUUUCACUCUAUUAUUUUGCAAGGUAUACAAUUAUUAUUAAUGUUAAAUUCAACUUUACACAACAUUUUUUAUAACUGUGUUUUAGGGAUUUGUGACCACACAGGUAAAUUUAUAGAUGUCUUCAUUGGCAUGCCCGGACGUAUGCAUGAUUCAAGAGUGUUCAGAAACAGUCCUGUUUUCCGAAGAAUAAACAAUCGGCAAAAUUAUUUAAUCCCUGAACACUUUCACUUGCUUGGGGAUGCCGCUUAUCCACUAAUCACUAAUGUAAUGACCCCCUUUAGGGAUACAGGUCAUUUGACAGAAGCCCAAACUAGAUACAAUAGAAAACUGAGUGUAGCAAGGUCAAUAAUAGAACGUACUUUUGGCAUAUUGAAAAGCAAAUUUCGCCGUUUAAAAUAUUUAGACAUUGCAAAUAUUGAAUUGGGUAAUACAAUAAUUGCUGCUGCAUGCGUUCUACAUAAUUUUACAUAUAGAGGUCAAGACAAUGAUGAAUACAAUGAAGAAUUAAUAGAUAAUAUAAACCAAAAUAGGCAAAAUGUACCUCAAGUAGGUGUGGUAGACGUCACAGCUGUGGUAAAGCGCAAUACUAUUGUAGCUGGUUUAGAAGAUUAAAUUGUGUAAUAAAAAAAUUUGCAACCUGUUAAAAAUGUAGUCUUUAGUUUUUAGAUAGAAUAAAUAGUUUAGAUAUAUUUAUAUUUUUAUUAUAAUUAGAAUAUUUUUGUAAUUAUAGAUUAGGAUUAUUCAAUAAACAAUAUAAAUGAA